UUCCAUCAAUUCUGUUUCAUAAAACUGUUAAACAUGAAAAUACAAAUUCUUGCAUAACUUUUUUAAUGAGACAUUUUAUGCUAUUCUAGAACCUGAGUAUUCAUCAAACAACACUGAAGUCUUUAAAGAUAAAUUUCUUGACGAAGAUUACAACAUUCGAGACAACAUCUAUAAUAUACUCAAAGAUUUUUCGUGGAUUUGCGGAGCUUAUGGUAUAGUAGGUCCAAACAAAAAAUUUGCAUUUGAACAUUUGUACAUCACAGUUGAUAACCAAAAAAAUUAUCCAGAACCUAUUUUAAGAAAAGAGAUUGAUGAUAUGUUUGGAUGGAAAGCUUCUAACUACAUAGAAUUCAAGUGUAUACCAAAAAAACCACCAACGUUUCGACCAUUAUCUAACCCUCGUUCUGAAGAUUGCGCGCUGCCAUUCAAUGGUGACAUUCAAAUUCAAAAUAACGAUAAUUCUUGCAGUACUCUGACAAUGUUCUGUCGUAACAAAGGAAAGUAUUAUGCCUUGACAUGUGCACAUGUUGCUUGUGCCUCUAACCCAGUGAAAGAUUUUCUUCUAAAGAAUGAAAUGUCAAAAAUUAAUGAUGUUGUAAAUGCCCGCAAUAUCUAUGAUAGAAACGAAUAUUUCUACAAACCAGCUAAAUUGAACAAGAAAAAACAACUGAAUACUUUUCACUGCAACACGGUCAGUAAGUUUAACAGUGAAGCGGACAUCAUGUCUAUUCCAGUAGGAAAAAAAGAAGAUUUUAAGCAACUCGGGGGUGAUGAUAUGGAGAAUAUUGUUUUGAAUUUGAAGGAAAUAAAUGAAGAGCUUUACAAAGCAACAAAAAGCAACGAGGGUUUUGUAGAAGUAUGUACAAGUAAUUACACCAAGGGCUUUAUUAUUGAACGGAACUAUUGUUAUAUUGAUAAAACUUUGAAGAAACUCAUUUACAAAAAUGCCGUCAAGGUAAAAAGUAAAUCUUCAUUUCUGCAGAAUGGUGACUCGGGAAGACUUGUUUAUUUUAAAGAUCAACAAAAUGUUUGGCAGCCAUUUGCUUAUGCUGUGUGUGAAAUAGAUGAUGAUGAGAGUGCUGAUUCAGAAAAAAGCAAUUUAUGCUUGAAAUUGGAUAAAGCGUUGAAUUUGCUCGACCUCAAUAGUUGCCAAUACUUCAACUGUGAUCGCUUCGUCCGAUGAAGAUAGUAAAAAAGAUUAGGACCAUUCCGAUGAGAUCAGUGCAGGGGCUUCGAAAACGUUUUUAAAAUAAUUGUAACGAUAGAGUGUGAUUCCCGAUUAUGGGGGAUGGAUAUAAAUAAUUUUAGUGAAAUACCAUAUAUGUAUUUUGAAAUACUAUAUAUAUAAUUAUUGUGAAAUACUAUAUAUGUAUUUUGAAACUGGCCAUGUUAACAUAUUAUAAUUUGGGCCAAACCUUGGUCAUGUGAUGCCUUUCUUAAGAUGAAAGCAUACUUCCACUUAGAUUACCUACAUGAAAGAACCACACGCACACAUAUAAUGUAUAAUCCUUCAUUGUCACAUCGUCUUAGUUUUUAACCUAUUGUUUACUUAAUGAACUUGUAUUACAUAAUAAUUUUUAGUACUUUUCAAAAUGAUAGGAAUAACGACAAUUUUACAUAGAUCUAUAUUAGUAUGUAAGAUUAAGUCAGUAUAAAGUGUCUACAAAUAGAGUGUCUCGUGCAAGUUAACGAGUUAAAUAUGUAAUAAAGUGAAAUAAACAUGAAA